UACUUUUAAUAUCUGUAUGACGCUGCAAUCGUGUCAUCGUUUUACUUACACGUUGUCAUAAAUUACGAAUUAAAAAUAAUAUUUACGCCGAUUGCUUACCUAUCAGAUUUUAUAGUUACAAAUUUUAUAUUUCAAACUUAUAAAAACAUGUCGUCUACUGAAGAUAGCUCUCAACUUAAAGCGGGACAUCCUCCCGCAGUCAAAGCCGGGGGUAUGCGAAUCACUCAACACAAAGUCCCUCACUCGAAGGACGCAAAAGAUUCGCCACCAACAGAGGACCUGACCGGUCUCUCUGGACCUUCGCCAGUUCCGUCCAACCCAGUAUCAAUUGCUGGGGCUCCAAACAGGGGCAACGCUGACUUCACGCCACAAGCAGCGCAAAUAGCUCACAGCCCUAAGCCACCAGCUCAUAUUAAUGUUAAACCCUGCCCUAAUAUCCAACAACCUCGCAAGUAGAUAUCCAACUAAUAACUCAUACUUAUUUUUUCGUUACUCGAGUUUAUUAUUCCCUAAAAUCCUUUUUUGAUGGAAAUUGUAGACAUGAGUAAUCUAAAAGUAUUAUGAGUGAAAAAUUACUUAUGCUAGGUGUUUUUCUUUAUCAACAGUCAAGAAUUAAUGUCUUCAAAUAGUUUUAGAAUUAUUGUUACAGUAUGUAGAUAUUUUAAAUACAAUGAUAGUGUUAUUUAAGAUGUCGUUAGAGUUAAAAAAAUAAAAAUUUCUACCAAUAAGGUUAUUAUUCAAAGUCAGUGGAUAGUUUUAAAUGUUAUAACAGCUGUGUAAAUGAAGAAACACCUAACAUAAGUAACAAGGGCUGAAUAAAUCUAAAUGGUUGCUUUUAUAUCAUUUAGAUUUAUUUAGUUCAAUAGCCAUAUGAUUAGAUUGAUAUAUUAAGAAGUACAUAAACUAUAUAAUAAUUAUUAUAUCAGAAUAACUUAUAACUUUAAGUUACAACUUAGUAUCAAUACCAAGAUACUGCCAUCUUUCUAUAGCAACCUAAUCAAGGCAUUCAUUUAUUUGGUCCUUUUAUUUUUUAUAAAAUAUUUGUUAGAUUAUCUUUGAAGUUUGAUUGUCUAUGGUAGAGUAUAGUCUGUGUCUAUAGAGUGCGAACAACGAAAUGGGAACAGUAGGCACAGGUGGGAACAACACGACGUUCCCGCCGCAAGCGCUCGUAGUCGUGGUUGAGUGCUAUCGAAGUGCGUUUCUCUAGGGAUUUUUUUCAUAUUUACGAAUAAAUAUGGUAAAAUGUGCAGGUCGAUCUUGCAAGAACGAUACUAGAAAAAACACAAAAUUGAAAUCACAUUGAUAAUCAUAUCUACAAUUUAUUCAUGAUAAAGAUAGUGUUACUUAGAUAAUAAUUAAUGUUAUGUAGUUGUUAAUUGUUAUCCGAACUUGCUGGAACUAAACAAAAUAUAAAUCUUUUUAAAAUAAUUCUUUUUGACUGAAAAUAUCUAGCAAGUUAUUUUGGUUGACUUAUAACUUUAUUAAUAUUUUUAAUUAUACGGUCUGCUUCAAACACAUUUUGAUUAUAACUUGGAAUUAAAUAUUUAAUGAAAAAAUAAAAGGAUCAAAAAUUAAUUAGUUUUAGACGUUUUUAUGAACUGAAUUCUUAACCUUUGUUUUCUUGAGUGCAAUUAUUUUAGAUAUUUCGAUUUACUUCCAUUGUUCACUUUAGUGUGUAAGCAAAUUUUAUUGACAUAUUUAUGUACUAUCAAUAGUUGCUGUUUCUUGUUAAAUGUAACAUAAUAUAAUAUGUGAAUAAUAAGAUAAAAAUUAACUACAUACAGUUUAAAUUCAGUAAAAUGUUUGUUUAUUUUUUAUAUAAUUGGUAAAACUACAGCAAAGACUGCUUGAUAUUUAUUUACGGCAUUCCCACAGCAUUUAUUUUAUCAUUAUUCAAAAUUGUAAAAAUUAUUAUUUUUGUAAGAAAUUGUAAGUACUUAAAUUGGGACGAAUUAAUAGUAAUAAUUGUUUGAGUUGUUUUAUGAUAACAUGUUUGUUACAAUAAUUUUAAUUGUAUUUUGCAGUUAUUUUAUUACGAAACCAUUUAUUUAUACAAAUAUUUAUGUAAAAUACAGGUAUUUUUUAUUGGCUGCGUUAUAAUAUCAUUCCUUCUUGGUAUAUAUAUUAUGUAUGUACUCACUUGAAAACUAUAUACCUUGACUAUAUGUAUAGUAACAACAUACUAUUUAAUUUUAUUGAGCUGAUAAUUAUCUUUUGCCGCAGUUGCCUGGAAGAGAUCACUACUAAGUGAUAAGGCUGCCUAAUAAAUAUACUAUGUUUUCGUAUAAAAUAGUUAUAUAAUUUAUUUUGUAUAGAUAACCCAUAUCUUUCCUAGUUACUGAAUUUUAAUAAAUAAAUUGUUUUUGUUAUACUAUACAUAUAGCCAAGAUCCAGGUAUAUAGUUUUCAAGUGCAGUGUUUUUUAUAUUUUCAUUUCUAACUAUAUUACUGAAUCACUAUUUAAGUAAUUAAAAACAUUAUUUAAAUGUUGACCCUUAAUGGUUUAUGUUCUUGUACUUUAAAAUAAAAAAAUCAAUUAAA